AUGUUCAGAAAGCUCCAUUCCAUCUUCCACCACGGCCCGCAGGGGAAGGCAGCGGCCGAGCGCCCCUACUACGCGGGAGCCAGCCCCACCGUCAGGCUGAUUCGCAGUAGCUCCAUGUAUGUGGUUGGGGAGCACUUCGAGAAGUCCAGCGAGUCCUUAAAAAAGUACAGAAGCACCCACAGCAUGGACACCAGCCUGCACUACCUGCAGCAGGAGGACCGUGCCUGGAUGUACUCGCGUACCCAGGACUGCCUGCAAUAUCUUCAAGAGCUGCUAGCCCUGCGCAAGAAAUAUCUCAGCACCCUGAGUGACCUGAGGCCCCGGCGCAUGCAGGGCGCUGGCUCCACCUCCUCCAAGUCCUCCAAGGGAGCACAAAAGACCCCAGGAGAAGGCAAAAAAGCAGCCUCAAAGAAAUACUCCCAGUUCAGCACCGACGUGGCCGAGGCCAUCGCCUUCUUUGACUCCAUCAUCGCAGAGCUAGAGACAGAAAAACGGCCGAGGACUGCUGAGGUUGACCUGCCCAAUGAAGAUGUGGACUUUGAUGUGGCGACCAGUUCACAGGAGCAUAGCUUGCACUCCAACUGGAUUCUGCGGGCACCACGCAGACAUUCUGAGGCCAUCACUGCUCACGCCACUGCAGACAGCCGGUUUCGAAGGAGCACGGAACACAGGGUCACGGGCACCCAGAGGAGGCUUGAGAGAUACCCCAUUUACCUGCCAAAGGCUGUGGAAGGGGCAUUCAACACCCUGAAAUUUAAGCCCAAAGCCCACAAAAAAGACCUGGGGAGCUCCAGACAGAUCCUCCGCAGCUUCUCCAGAGAAGACAUGGAGUGGGAUGAGGAGUUCUUUGCACAGGAGUCCCCCGGGUCUUUGGAGGAGGAUCAUUUUGAGGCAGAGCAUCCCAAAGGGCAAUGGCUGAUUCGAGAAAGACUCUGGGAACGGACAGUGUCCUGA